AUGACAAUGGAGGCUGAUGAGAACCUGGAGGGUUUCCUGGGCAGGCUGCGCACUCAGGUGAUGCGUUGCGGAUAUACGACAGCGGAAAUCGACCAGCAGCUGCGAGACCGCUGCGUUCUGGGCAGCAGUGGCGAGCUGCAGCGGAGGCUGGUCCGGGAGGCAGCUCUGAAGGGAACCGACCUGACCCUUCAGGACAUCAGGAAGACGGCUCGCGCGCAUCAGGACGUGCUGGAUUUGACGGCUCAGCUGGGGGGAGUGCCAGCGCCGGCAGCGAUGGCCGCGGACACAGUUCAGGCGCUGCGGCUGUCGCAGCGACCGGAGACCGGCCGGCCGGCUGGGCACCCAGGCGCCUGUUUCCGGUGCGGGUCGACCGGACAUUGGCAGCGCGACUGUCCUGCGGCCGGAGCCGUGCCGCGUGCACGCGACAAGCACCGUGCGCGCGACAGCCACCGUCCAGCUGGCCAAGCGCGGCGGGUGCGGCUGGUGGCUGCGGAGGAGGAGCAGACGGACGGCGACGGCGACGCGUGGCUGGUGAACACAGUCGAAGCCAGCGCCGCGGAGCCGGAAAUGAAGACGGUGAUGCUGGCCAUGGUCGUGGACACGGGGAGCCCGGUGUCGCUGGUGAGCGCGGAGACAGCGCGGCAGCUGGGACUUCUGCAGCUGCUGGACCCAUGUGACCUGCGCCUGACCUCGUUCACAGGUCAGGUCAUUCCCUUGAGAGGGGAGGUGCUGGUCAGCGUCUCGGCGUCGGACAGAUCCGCGACCCGUCUGCGGCUGGUGGUGACCGGUUUUGGACCCCACCGCCCGCUGAUGGGACGCGAGUGGCUGCAGGCGCUUGAUCUAAUGACGUCACCGGCUCGGGUAUGCCGCGUGCAGCCGGCGCGGACGCUCGAAGGCGUGCUGGAGAGGCACUCGGCGGUCUUCAACGAGGAGCUGGGACGCAUCCCGAUCAAGGUGGGACUGCGGCUGAAGUCGGACGCCAAGCCGGUGUACCGACGGGCACGUCCGGUGCCGUUCGCCCUGCAGGAGGCGGUGGACCGCGAACUGGACCGGUGGGAGGAGCAGGGGGUGGCAGAGAAGGUGCCACCAGGGAGCGGCUGGGGGACACCGCUGGUGGUCAUCCCGACGCAGAAUGGCGUCCGCAUCUGCGCAGACUACAGGCUGACUGUCAACCCUCAGCUGGAGCAGACCAAGUACCCGAUGCGGACGGCCGAUGAGCUGUUCUCCGGCGUCCGGGGGAAACGGUUUGCAAAGCUGGACUGCAGGAGCGCCUAUCUGCAGGUGGAAUUGGACGAGAACAGCAAGAAUGCGACCACGGUGACGACACACAGAGGCGAUUACAGGAUGAACAGACUGCCGUAUGGCAUCUCUGUCUGUGGGGCACUGUACCAGUCCGUGAUGGAUCAGAUCACGGCGGGACUGCCCGGCACUGUCAGCUACAUGGACGAUGUGCUGGUGUGGGCUGACACGGAGGAGGAGCUGCUGGAACGGCUGGACGCGACCCUGACUAGGAUGGAGGAGAACGGCAUCCGCCUGAGGCGAGAGAAGUGCAGCUUCAAUGUGCCGGAGGUGACCUACCUCGGGUGGCGUCUGUCGGCGGACGCGCUCCGUCCGCUGGCAGGGAAGACGGAGUCGAUCCUGCAGGCGCCAGACCCGGUGAACCAGCAGGCGCUGAAGUCGCUGAUCGGCACGGUGAGCUACUAUCAGCGGAUCCUGCCGGGACUGGCUACCGUACUGACACCUCUGUAUGCGCUGCUAAAGAAAGGAGUGAAGUGGCAGUGGACGGAGCAGUGCGCGGCGGCAGUGAAGAAGGUGAAGACAAUGCUGUCAUCAGCCCCAGUGCUGGUGCGGUUCGAUCCUGACCGACCGGUGCGGCUGGUGACGGACGCCAGUGAGACGGGACUCGGCGCGGUACUGAUGCAGGUGACGGCUGAUGGACUGGAGAAGCCGGUACAGUACGCGUCUCGUACUCUAACGCAGACUGAGCGGAAGUACGCGCAGGUAGAGAAGGAAGCUGCGGCCGUGUCAUUCGGAAUACGGCGCUUCCACCAGUACCUGAUGGGCAGGCGGUUCACCCUGGUAGUGGACAACCGCACGCUGUCGCGGAUCGUCAGCCCGGACAGGGAUCUGCCCACCCUCGCGGCAGCUCGUAUGCAGCGGUACGCGCUUCAACUGGCGGCGUAUCAGUAUGAAGUGGAGCUGCGGCGCUCCGGAGACAUGAGAGCGGCGGACACGCUGUCCCGUCUGCCGGUGAGCAGUCCGGCGGAGGAGCGGGAGGCGGCGGAGGAAGAGGCUGAGUACGGCGGAGGAGGCGUCAUGUUCGUCGUGCAGGAGCAGGGACCAUGCCUCUCGGCCAGGGCUAUCGCAGCGGCCACGCGCACGGAUCCGGUGCUGGGUCGCGUACUGGCUGCGGUGCGGUCCGGCUGGCCGGGGAUGAUGGACGCCGAGCUGACGCCGUACAAGCAUCGAGCGGACGAGCUGUCGACGGACGCAGACUGCGUGCUCUGGGGCGGCCGUGUGGUGGUGCCGAGGGCUUUGCAAGAUCGUGUGAAGCAGCAGCUACACGAGGGACACAGCGGCUGCACGAAGAUGAAGCAACUUGCUCGUCGGUUUGUCUGGUGGCCGGGGCUGGACGCUGAACUGGAGGCGCUCGCUCGGGGCUGUCCAGCCUGCGAGUCGAAGCGAGCGGCGCCGCCGCACGCGGAGCGGCACCCCUGGGAACCCGCUCAGGGACCCUGGCAGCGGGUGCAUGCCGAUUUUGCCGGACCUCUGAAGGGCACCUGGUUCCUGGUGAUGGUGGAUAGUUUCUCCAAGUGGGCUGAAAUGAUCCCAAUGAAGACGACCACGUCCGAGCGGACCGUAGCGGUGAUGAGGACGGUUUUUGCUCGUCUCGGACUACCGCUGGUGCUGGUAACGGACAAUGGCCCACAGUUCACGAGCCAGGAAUUCGCCCAGUUCGCCAGCUCUAACGGGAUCCGACAUGUCAGAGUGGCGCCCCAUCACCCAUCGUCUAAUGGGAUGGCGGAGCGAGCGGUCGGCUCGCUAAAAAACUCACUGAAGGCGACUCUGGCAGCAGACGACAGCGGAGGCAUGGAACUGGCGCUCGCCCGAGUUCUGAUGGCGUACAGGGCCACACCGCAUGCCAGCACGGGACGGACCCCAGCGGAGGUGCUGUUGGGCCGCAACAUCCGCACGCGGCUGAAUCUGCUCGUUCCGACCGCCGAGGACGCGCUGCGGGACAGCGCGGAGCGACAGCAGACGGCAGCCGGCGGACGCGCCAGAGCGUUUGCGGUCGGCGCCGACGUCUGGGUUCGCUGCUACUCCGGGCCACAGAAGCUGGAGGUCGGCGUGGACCGCGGGGUCGAUGCAUGGCUGGCAUGGAAGCAGCGAUGGGACGAUUUCGUCAUGCUGACGGGCCUCGAUACUGCUACCGAGGCUUUCCAGAUGGCGAGGCUGCGGUCCUGCCUCGGUGUCAUGAAAAAACUGUGCGCCACCCCCAAUCUGACCCUCGCCUCGGCCGUCAACGUCUGCCGUGCUGAGGAAGCCGCCCAGCGUGACGCCAUCGCCAUCGUCGGCGAGGGUGUCGUCGCAGGAACCGACUUCCUGGAGACCAUCGGCGGGCACGUCAACAACCUGCUGGACUCGGCGGAGCGUCCCCGGGCCGCUGACGGACGCCCGAUCUGCACCCUGGGCAUGCUGCCAGCACGGCUGCAGCUCGCAGCGUUCCCGGCGACAGACGAUCCCGCCUCAGAAGCGAUCCUCCGUGAGUUUGCCGAUGUGUUUGAUGGUGUCAUUAAAGUGAUGUCUGGAGAAGAGUUCGAAAUUCGUCUCCGCCCAGAUGCCACCCCGCUGGCCAUCUCAGCACCCCGCCGGGUGCCGUUCGCUCUGCGAGAACCCCUACUCAAGGAGCUGCAGAAGCUGGAGGCGGACGACAUAAUCACGCCGAUGACGGAGCCCACUUCCUGGUGCGCGCCGAUCGUAGUCAGCGAAAAGAAAAACGGCGCCGGCGUGCGUCUCUGCGUGGACCUGUCGCAGCUGAAUAACUCUGUCCAGAGAGAGUUGUAUCAGUCGUCCACACCGCUUGAAUGCGUCACCUCCAUCGCGUCAGAGGAAGCACGCUUCUUCGCCGUCUUUGACGCUCUGAAGGGCUACCACCAGUGCCCGCUGAAGCCGCAGAGCCAGCCGCUAACUACAUUUAUCACCCCGUUUGGCAGAUACAUGUAA